GAUGUCCAUUCCAAUUAUUUUGAGACUGUUUAUGAUCUUAUUCGGAUUCACUUUGAACCAGACAUACAUCAGGGGAGAAGGAUGUCCUCAAUCUGUACCAACCCGAACUGUCGUAGCUGCCUGUCCAAAAGGCAUCACGGAGUGGAUAAAAGCCAAGAGGAGAAAAAUGUGUCAUUCGAUUAGCCAGAACUGCACAGCAGCAGGAAAAUUUGAAUAUCACUGUCUACCAAAUACCCUCCUCGACCUGUUUGUAGAAGUCUGUGCCCCAACAAAACUUAUAAUUGGUGAACAUUGUCCAAGUUAUGAUAUGGAGCGAAACAUUAUUGUCACCAACUUUAACCAACCAUGCAAAGAUCAUUUGACACCAUGUUCAAAUGUGUACCAAUCAAACACUGUAUAUAACUACCCAGAAUGUUUCAAAGAAUUUAACAACAAAGAAGCAGACAACACCGCUGGCUCAAUCGUAAUUGCAAAUGAUAAUACAGUGCUGAACAACGGACUGUACGUGAUUUGUAUUUCUCUUUUCGUGUUGAUAACUCUUCUGUUCAUCAAUAUUUGUUGUCCAGGAAGUUGCAAAGAAAUGUACAAACGGGUUUUAAUCUGUGGUUCUAAAAAGGGAGAAAGGAGACAAAAAAAAGAUGAAGAGCUGGGACUAAAGAAAGGCAACACAGAAAACGAUAAUGGGAACGUGGUGUGAUUUGAUAUUUUGUCUGUUUUAAACAAAGCAUUUCUUGUAGAUACUCAUUCCAA